AUGUCUUCGUCAGACUCUGCUGGUUGUAUUGCGUUUUAUGAUUUUUUGUUAAGUGUUUCAGAUCACAUGAUGCGUUUUACUGAACGUAUUGCUUUUUAUGCUUUUUAUGCUUUUAUAAACUUUAAAGAUAACAUUUCCAAGUGGGAGGAACGUGUAUGCAUAAACAGUGGAAGAAAGUUUUUCAAACCUAAAGUCAGUGGAUCUAUUACACCUGCUGUUGGAAUGUUUUUAAGUCAUUUGAAGAGGCUUUUGCGUUUUAUCAGAGAUAUGCACUUGCUGCAGGUUUUUCUGCAAGAAAAAGUACCUCUUAUUGUCUGUUCAAAAGAAGGAUUUCAUGUUAGCAAAGAAAUAGAUUCUGGUUCAGUUGAGAAUAGUAAAAAGAUUGUUAGACGUAAUAGAGGUUCAAAAAGAGUUGGAUGCAAUGCUCAUGUGAAACUAAUAUCAGAGAACAAUAAUAUGUUUAAAAUCUACUACUUUGAAGAAGAACAUAAUCAUAUCUUUGUUGAAGAUGAAGAUAUUCAUUUCUUGCCGGCUGCCAGAAGUAUCGAUUAUGUGAAAGAAAGUUUUAUAUCUGGAUUGUCUGCAAUCAAUAUUGGACCUGUUAAAGCAUUCAAUAUUAUGAAAACAAUGUAUGGUGGUUUUGGUGAAGUUGGUGCUAGUAAAGUUGAUUGUAAGAAUUAUAGAAGGGAUUUGAAUCUUUACAUCGGAGAGUAUGAUUUGGUUUUUGUACCAUUUACUGGUAUUGAUAAUCAUUUUAGGAAUGUCACAUUUGGUGGUGUAUUACUUGGUUCGGAGACUGCAGAUUCUUAUAGAUGGCUUUUAAGGUGCUUUGUUAAUGCUUUUGGAAGUGAGCCUAAAGUUGUUGUUACUGAUCAAGAUGCUGCAAUGAAGAGAGCUAUUAAGGAUGUAUUUUCAAGAAGUAGGCAUAGGUUAUGUAUGUGGCAUAUAUGGGAGAAAUUGAAGACAAAGGUUGGUCCUGUUUUGUCAGCAAACACUGAUUUUAAUACAAGAAUGACUCAUGUUGUUUGGAAUGAUACUAUUAUUCCAGAAGAUUUUGAAACUGAGUGGCAUUCAAUAAUGUCUACUUUUGGAUUGGAAAAUCAUGAGUGGUUAAAAGAUAUGUACGAUCUUCGAUUUGAUUGGAUUCCUGCUUAUUACCAUGGAGAGGAUUUGGCUGGACUUAUACGUACUACGUUAAGAUGUGAAAGCGAGAAUUACUUCUUUGGUCAGAUUUGCAAUCCAAGAUUUAUAUCUGUGCAAUACAACAAACAAGAAGAUGGUUUAAGUAUAAGUUGUUCUUGCAAACGGUUUGAACAAUUUGGUAUAUUGUGCCGCCAUAUAUUUUACGUAUUAUGGUAUGAUGAUAUAACUGAGUUUCCUAGAAGAUAUGUUCAUAGAAGAUGGAUGAGAGAUGUUGUUUCAGUUGGAUCAAAUCAUUCCAAUAUUCGGUUUGAUGAAAUUGGUAGGAAUAGUGAAAUUGAUAAAGUUUAUAGAGAAAUCGUUGUUGCAAAUGAGUAUGUGGUUAAUAGGCUGGUUGGCGAUUUAGAUGAACUGUGUCGUUACAGGGAUCAUAUUAAAAGUUAUAUUGAUAAAGCGGAUGAGGUUAUGGUUGCUGCGCCGCCUCCUAGUCGCAAAGAAAGAUUUGCUGAUAUUGGAGGGAACUUAGAAAAAUCAGAUUCUAUGAUUCGUGUCCCGAUCAAAAUAAGGACCAAAGGAUGCGGUGUACAAAAAAGGAUCAAGUCUAAUCGUGAGAUUGCAAUUCAGAAAGCAUCAAAGAUCCAGAAAUCGUGUCGUGUAUGUGGUGGAAAAGGACAUAACAGUCGCACAUGUAAAGAUAAGGUUUCAUCUCUUUUUGUUACUGCGUUUUGUGAUAUCCUUCAUAAAUAUCAGUUUGUUUUGAUCAUAGAUCAAAUUAAACAAGAAAUGCAAGUGGAUAUCAUAAACAUUGCGUUUUAUACAUAG